CGAGUAUGCCUGUACAAAAGAAGCUACGAGAAGCUACGAGAAGCUACAAGCAGGCGCUGGAUUUCUUGUGUAAACCGGAAGCACGUGUCAGCAGUUGAAGCGUCAGCGGUGGUGUUGCCAACCUGGAACCCAACUUGCCAACCCUCACUGCCCUCCACCAGUCCAGCCCCUCAGCAAAAAGACUUGGGUGAACCCCUGUCACUGGUUGCGUCAACCAUAUGUUGGCCCGCAGAGUUGGUUUCGCAACUUGGUACAGCGCCGCACACAGCUGCCGCAGAUAUUCUUGCAAACACUUUGCUGAAGAAGACUCUUGUUGACUCAAGUCUGCCUAAGAAGCAUCUCGAAUACGACUCUGAGCUAUUCGCUUCAUACCCGACUACAACUCAGCAUCUUGGAAGCCCGGCGACUUUCCUGUCUGCCCGCCUACUUUUCAGAUAGGGUACCUUACCUUCGUUACUUUUAGAUCCAAGAACUUGGUCAAUUAUCUCAUGUCCGGAUCCCUCUGCUGUGAACCCCUCCUGCUGCAAACCACUUAUUUUUGCCCCUCCCGAUCGUGUCACGACAGCAACCUCCAACGCCGAUUAUCGCCCACCGCCCACGAGGUCGAACUCAGAGUCGGGGCUGAUAUGAUGUGCACUGGUGUAUUUCAUAACCACCCCACGCCGACGCCAACAUCGCAAGAAGCUGGUCUGAGGGACAACUGAAGCAAUGGCGAAUCCAACCGCAACAGACGCCGAGGACGGCAACGCCUACUAUGGCUACCUCUUCACCACAGCGAAGCCGAUUCCCACUCCGACCCCUAUUCUCGAUGCGUUUUUGAGGGCGCUCUCACUACAUAUCAUCAAGGAGAUCGGUGACAAGAAUGAUAGGUACUUGACGCCAAAGAAGCUAGCAGCCUUCUACAAGGCUGCCGGUUACAAUUUUGACUUCCUCUUUGUCGAUAUGGACAACCCCUUCAUAUCCGAUGUUUUCCAGGGUCUCGGCUGUCAACACUGGCUCUUGCCAACAGAAGACGACUACGCUCCCCCAUCGAUUCCAGCUUUGACAACGAAGGGCUUUGUGCGGUGGCAGGCAAUCCAGACACUGCUUGAGCCACAGGAACAAGUCCCAGUCCUCCAAUAUGCGGCCAAGCACUGGGGCCUGAAGCACCCUGACACUGCCUUCCAGUUCCCUGCCGACUUGCCCAAGGAAGCGCUGCCCCAGGAUACAGACAUCGACACUGAUCGGUGGUAUCAGGAGUGCAAGGCUAAGCACAUCCAGGAAGCAGCUGCAGAGGAGCCCAAGGAGAAGCCCAAGGAGAAGACCAAGGAGAAGCCAAGAGAGGAGCCGAAGCCAACGUAUGCAGAGCGCAGGAUCCCCUCAUACAAUGUUCACCACGUCCCGCCGACACCACAGCCAGGGACACCUCGCGACUACUUUGGCUCUCGUCCAGUCAAGGUGACAUAUGUGAAUGUAGCACCAGGGCCAUCAAGAUCACCAGAACGAGAGCGAGAGCGGGCCAGAGAACAGGCUGCCAGGGAGCGGGAGCACUACCUUCAUCGCCAGUCUUCCUCCGAUGAACCAUCACGCCGAAGGAGCUUCUCCGAUUAUCCGCACUCACCUAUGGAGGGUCGCCCAUCAGUUAGGAUACCUCACCUCGGCCCUGAUCGCAGCCCGCAACCGCGUCGUCACAGCCAACCCAGACAAUACAGCACAUCGGAGUCGGACGAACCCCCGAUCAGUCCCCGAACACCAAGACGGACUCAGCGCCCUUCCAACGAGCCCCCGAUUCCCGGCGUUCGCCGCGUUUAUACCGGCAGUUCCGAGGAGUUGCCCCGUAUCAUCCGCACAAGCAUGCCUCCACCUCCCAUUCCAACAUCGCACCCACAUGCCCACCCCGGCGUAAGAACCCACUCACCACGACCAUCACCAGGUGACAGUGGUAGGACAACACCAAGAGGGGACGACGAGCACAGGCGGAAAAGCACUCUGUAUGACCUCAAAGACAAGCUCACCAGCUUUAUGACGGGCAUGCCACCGGCCAGCGAGCGGCAACGAAGCCUGAGCGGGUCACGAGGAAGAAAGGAAGGCCCGGUACCAGUGGUGGUAACUGCCUCUAGGGGUAGCAGAGAUGGAGAUCUUCCCAGUUCGAGGCUGAACCGGUCGUGGUCUCACGAUGAGACGGACUCUACUGAUUCAGAGGACGAGCGCAUCCGAAGAAGCAGGAAACAGUCAAGCCGGGAGCGCGAGAGGGAGCGCCAAAGAGCUGCCGAAGCUGCCUUUGACAGAGAACGGGAGCGAGAACGGGAAAGAGACAGAGAGCGAGACAGAGAGAGGGAUAGAGCACGUGAGCGGGAGAGGGACAGGGAGCGAGACAAGCGUCCAACACGAGAGUCAGACCGCGAAAGAGAGGCAAGACGACACAGCGACCGUGAACGAGACAGCGACGAGAGGAGACACAGCGACCGAGCCAGCGACCGCGGAAGAGACCGCGGUCCCCCAGCCCCAGCCGCAGCAGCCGCUUCCCUCCACCGCAACGGCGGCCACCGCGUUAUCGAGGUCGAAUCCGACGACGACUUUUCUUCUGUCCGGGGCUACACCCGCAACAACGGCGGCCCUUACCUCUCCCGUCCGGACAACCACCGCCGCACAAGCAGCCACGCCGACAUCGAUCGCCGUCGGGACCUCGACCGCGAAGUCCGCGACCGUGACCACCUUCGAGAUCGGGAGAGGGAUCAACGACUUAGCGACCGGGAACGAGAUCGUCGAGAACGAGAGCGAGAAAGAGAACGAGACCGCUACCAUGACGAUCGGGAGCGCUGGCGAAGGGACGAGCGGCUGUCUUCCCCGCGGGCCACACCCCGUGAACCCCCACGGAUGGAACGCUCCCCUCGCCGGUCCCGCGAUCGUGACAGAGACCGUGAGAGAGAAAGACCGCACCCCAACGAGGGCAGAGAGCGAAUGCCUAGUCCUGCCGGGGCGGGAGUAACUGGAGUCUCAGGCAGGAAAUACCCCGACAUCAGCUCUGUAGCUUCAUCGUCUGGGCCGUGGCCGCCGUCAACGCCAAAGAUGUCGGCUGCGGGGGCGGCCGAACCGGUGGCAUCUGGGGGGAGGGGCGGGCCGGUGGCGGACUAGGUGUCUUGUUUGCCGGUUGAGGCUCUUUUUCCGGUUGCUGCUGCGGUGGUGGGGAAGUGUUAUGGGGGUGGGUUUUGCGAGCGUUGCGGGGGGGAUAGGACUAAAAUUGUUGUUGAGAAGAACGAGGGAAUCCAGGAAGAAGAGUUGAAGGUGCUGGUGGAAAGGCUGGGGGAGAUGGUGGAGUGGAUUAGGGAGAGGAGGGGGAGGUGGGGGGUUGAUAGGUGGAAGAGGGAGUAUUUAGAGAGGGUGAAGAGGAGGGAGAAGGAGAGGGAGAGGAGGUGGAAGGGGAGGUGGUAUCCAGAGGGAGAAGGGGGGGGGAUAGUGGGGAGUGCGAGGGAGUUGUUGGGACAGACUUCAUGAGGCAUAUGAUGGAUGAGGAUUUGGGUAUAUGGGGGGGCUAGCAUGGUCAGUUUUUGGAUGACAGGACAACACUGGGAUUUUGGCGGACGAGGUGGCAUCAUCAUAUCCUACUUUCUUUUGUUACUAUUGGGUUUUCAUCACUGGCGUAUAUAUACACUGGGACAUUUGGUAGUCCUGAACUAGAGGCAUAUCAUUUUUAUGAUUGUUCUUUUCUCAAACAUCUUCGUUCUCAUCACCACUCUGCAGAAAAGGAGGUUGACAGGCGCAUGGACAAUUCAAAUUUUGAGUUUUUU